AAGGAGUACGCAUGUUUGUUAUAAUGUUAAAUAUAUAUAUAUAUAUAUUGAAACAUAGUACCUUUCAAAACAACACCAAAGACGUAUUUUUAUUUUUUCGCUUUGACGUAUUUCUUGCACCAGAAAUAUAAAUCUAAUUAUAUCAGUAUAAUAAAAGACCUUCUCGAAGGUUAUCAUUUGACCCUCUCAUGUCAAUCCGAUAAUUCUCCAGUGAACGAUCGAAAUUAAAGUUUGUAAGCUUUUUCGUGUCCGAAACAGUCGAGUUGAUCGUUCGAAAGAUCUAUACGUAUAUAUUUUAGCAAUGGCAGAAAGUAAUAAGAAGAAAGUUGUUCUUGCGUAUAGUGGUGGCUUGGAUACUUCUUGUAUAUUAUUGUGGUUGAAGGAAAAUGGAUAUGAUGUCAUUGUUUACGUGGCAAAUAUUGGGCAAGAAGAAGACUUUGAUGCGCUUAGAGAAAAGGCAUUGAAAAUUGGUGCUAAAAAGGUUAUUAUAGAAGAUCUUCGAAGAAUCUUUGUAACGUCUUACGUAUGGCCUGCCAUUGCAUGUGGCUUGCGUUACGAAGGAAGAUAUCUUUUAGGAACUUCAAUUGCACGACCUUGCAUAAGUGAUGGUCUAAUUCGAACCGCUAAAGCUGAGAAAGCAUCUAUCGUUGCUCAUGGAGCUACUGGAAAGGGAAAUGACCAAGUAAGAUUCGAGUUGAGCUGUUACAGUCUUUAUCCUGAAAUCGAGAUACUUGCACCUUGGAGGAAACGUGAAUUUUAUACAAGAUUUUCUGGAAGACCAGAUUUACUUGAAUAUGCUCAUAAAAAUGGAAUACCGGUUUCAGCAACACCGAAAGAACCCUGGAGUACCGAUGCUAAUCUAUUACAUAUUAGUUAUGAAUCAGGUAUUUUGGAAAAUCCAGCUGUACCAGCUCCAAUCGAAUUAUGUAAAAUGACGACAAAUUUAGAGGAUUGUCCAAAUGAACCUGAAGAGAUAGAAAUAGCUUUUAUCAAAGGAUAUCCUUCUUCUGUGAAAAAUCUUGACAAUGGUUACGUCCUAGAUAAUCCUUUAGAAAUAAUCGUGUAUUUGAAUGAGAUUGGGGGAAAACAUGGAGUAGGAAGGAUUGAUAUCGUUGAAAAUCGAUACAUUGGUUUAAAGUCUCGAGGAAUUUACGAAGCACCAGGUAGUAAGAUUCUCUACGAGGCUCAUGAAGAUUUAGAGAUUUACAUAUUGGAUCGUGAAAUAUUGAGAAUCAAGUCGUAUCUUGCUGAAAAAAUGUCUGAUUACGUAUACAAUGGUUUCUGGUUCUCGCCAGAAUGUGAUUUCGUACGAGAAAGUAUAGAAAGAUCUCAAAAAUAUGUAACAGGCAUGGUGAGAUUAAAAUUGUGUAAAGGAAGUGUAUCGAUCCUUGGAAGAUCUAGCGAUGUUUCAUUGUAUAACAAAAAUCUCGUCUCCAUGGACGAACAAGGAGAUUUUCAACCGGAAGAUGUAGAAGGAUUUAUUCGCACGCAAGCUUUAAGAUUAAAAGAAUUUCAUAGGUUUCAAAAACAGCAAAAAGUGGCCGAAUGAUAUAUAUUGAUUCAGAAAUUAAAAAUGGCGAUGAUAUGUGAGAUAUGAAAUAAUU